UUUAUAGUUUAUUUCCAAACAGUAAUUAACAACACAUUAUAAUCAGCGAAACCAAUGGCCACGCGUUGGGGUAUAUUAAGCGCCGGCAGAAUCUGUCACGACUUUGUCUCAGCCCUCAGGAUAUUGCCAUCGGAUGAACACCAGUUGGUCGCUGUGGCGGCCCGUGACCUGAAAUCGGCCCAAGAGUUUGCCCGCAUUCACGGCAUACCCAAAGCGUACGGCACGUACGAUGAGUUGGUGCGGGACCCGGACGUCGAGGUGGUUUACGUGGGCGCCAUUAACCCACACCACUUGGCAACUGUCAAACUGGUGCUAUCGCACGGCAAACACGUGUUGGUAGAAAAGCCACUAACACUCAACGAGAAGGGCAGUGAGGAGCUGAUCGCUACCGCCCGGCGCCACAACCUGUUUCUCAUGGAGGCCCUGUGGUCCAGAUUUUUGCCCUCGUACGAUUUUGUUAUGAACGCCAUUAAAACUGGUGCGAUUGGCCAGGUUUAUCACGUUGACGUGACUUUUGGUAAGGCUGUGGCGGACAAGGCCAAACUGGCCCGGAAAGCUCUAGGUGGUGGCACGUUUAUGGAUAUCGGUAUAUACACACUGAAUGUGGUGCUCAUGGCUUUUGGUGAUGAGCAGCCCCUGGAGGUGAAAGCUGUGGGCCAUUUGAACCAAUAUGGAGUGGACGAGAGCGUGUCGGCGGUGUUUAAGUAUAGCGACGGCCGUACGGCCAACAUAGCGACCAGCGCUCGGGUGAACCUGCCCUGUGAGGCGCAUAUUGUCGGCACCAAAGGCACAAUCAAAGUGAGUGUUGAUUUGAUUUCUACUAGUUAA